GUUAAGAGACGAAACAAACAAACAGGCGGAAUAUUUAAAUCUUUGUCCUCGCGCUGGUGUUACGACCAAUCUGGUCUCCUCCAUGGAAAAGUGACUUCCUGAAGGCGUGCGAACAUGGAAACCAUGUUUUAGUUUGCUCGAAGAACAACAACGAUGACAGAGAACCACGUGUCCGGGGUGGAGGCCUCCGCCAUCUCCGUGCUGAAGCGGGCGGUGGAGCUGGACCAGGCCGGCCGCCUGCAGGAGGCUCUGGUCUGCUACCAGGAGGGCAUCCAGCUGCUGAUGGACGUGCUGAAAGCAGCUGUGAAGGAGGACUCCAAGAGAGGUCACUACAGGGACAAGAUAAAGGGCUACAUGGACCGAGCAGAGCAGAUCAAAGCUCAGGUCAACCAGAUGAAGGAAGAUGGGAAAUACCACGAGCAGAUCAGAAUAGCAGAGGAUGCUACAGGUUACAGCUACGAGGCUCUGUUCAAGCCGUACGUCAGCGGUUUACUCACAGAAGUGUGGGUAGAAGAUCCGUACAUACGGCACAUCCACCAGCUGUACAACUUCCUGCGGUUCUGCGAGAUGUUGCUGAAAUCGUCCUGCAAGGUGAAAAAGAUCCACCUCCUCACCACGCAGGACGAGGCGGACGGCGGCCAACAGAACGGCGCUCUGGCUGAGAUUAAAGACAGUCUCAGUGCUCAGGGAGUGACUCUGGACCUGCAGUACUCCUCCACGAUACAUGACAGGGAGAUCAGGUUUAACAAUGGUUGGAUCAUCAAGAUAGGAAGAGGGCUGGAUUACUUUAAGAGGCCUAAGGGACGAUUCUCCGUUGGAUAUUGUGACUAUGACCUCAGGCCGUGCCACGAGACCAGCGUAGACAUUUUUCACAGCAAACACACAAAAACACUAUAAAGC